GCUGUGUGUGUUUACCCUCUUUUUCGGCCUGGCAACGGGGCUGCAUGCUCAGGAUUACCGGAGGCCUUGCCUUUCAUCGCCGCCCGCUCCCUCUUCCUUUGGCCGUUGUCUCCUGGACUACGGUGGCCACGGGUGCGAAGCUGUGUGAUUUUGGGGGUUCCCUGGUUUCCUGCUCACGGAGUUAAGUGGAUUUGUAGAUACUAUAGAGACAUGGAUCACUCUUUGUUCGCAUGCCUUCGGAGCCCGUAUGCCCCGUCCCAAGCCCUGCACCCAGCAUUCACCCAGUCCUCCCUUGCCCUGCACGGCCGCUCUGACCACAUUUCCUACCCCGACCUCCCGGGACCCUCGCCGCCCUGCAGCUACGCGGGGGAGGAUGGUGGCUUCGGAGGACCUCAUCUCAGAGUUCACCCCUCUCCGCAGAAUCCACACCACUCGCAGCAUCAGCCUUCCUGGCAUGUGCCGCAGAUGCCGUCGAUCAACAGCGAGCGCCACGGCCUCUACCUGCCGCACCCUGAUGCCGCGGCUCCAGAACUGUGCGGUGCAGGAGGAGCGGGUUCGCAGGGCCUGUGCACGGGUAACCCAGCACUCUCUGGAAGUGACCCUUCUGGGGUGUCGUGUGUGUCUGGAGAAUACGGGAGACAGACCAUGUCACCUGUUGAGCCGGAGCGACGGAAUAGCAAAGGAAAGAGUGACAGUUCAGAUUCCCAGGAUGGGAGCUAUAAGUCAGACGUGAGCAGUAAACCUAGGAAGGAGCGCACAGCCUUCACCAAGGAACAGAUUCGAGAACUGGAAUCAGAAUUUGCUCACCACAACUAUCUGACAAGGCUUAGACGUUACGAAAUCGCUGUCAACCUUGACCUCACAGAGAGACAAGUAAAGGUGUGGUUCCAGAACAGACGGAUGAAGUGGAAGCGGGUGAAGGGAGGUCAGCAGGGAGCCGCUGCGCGGGAGAAAGAACUGGUGAACGUAAGGAAAGAAACUCUCUUGCCUUCUGAGUUCUCCCCAAUGGUCGGACUGCACCAUCCCAUGGGUUCGCCCAGCAAUGAGGACGACAGUCACGACAGUGACCAGAGCUCUGAGCACGCGCAUUUAUGAUGCCCGCACUCCAGCUAGUCACAACCUGCCAAUUUUCCUCAGGAAUCAACUAUGUUGGUACUCCGAAGGCUGUUAACGACUAGUUCUGGGCUGUGUUUUGUUAUUUCAUUCUGAGUGUUUAGGGUUUGUUCUUGGUCUGUGAAACAGACAGGGUUGCAAACCAGAGCUCAGCCCCCAGUGGCACCGAACUUUGAAGAUUAGUCUAAGUAAUAGUCAAAGGGGUUUAAAGGUAGCCACAUUUUUGAAGAGACUAUAUGCAUUUCAUCCAAUUUUGACAUUGUAAAUGUAAGUUUGAAUGUUGUAAACAUUCCACAUGAGUGCCUUGGAGAGGAUUUUUGCACUGUUUUCAUUUUUGCCCUAACGGUUUGCUACUGUAUUUACACACAGUUUUUGAUAAAAAAUACCAAUAAUUACAAACA